AUGCAUGGAAGCAGACAGCUGGACUGUGAUGGUUCUAAAGGCCUGAUGACCACGGAGGUUCAGACCCUGGCUUUGCACUGGCAGGCCGGGCUAAGCUCCCAGCCCGCCGCGCCCCUGCCCCGGCCACCUCUCCGCGCCUCUCCCUGCCCCAGUCCCUUUUUCCCCCUCCGUCCCACCCAGCCCGGGCUGGCAGAGCGGGAUCAGGGCAUCUCCCUGGUGAAGGUCCCCGUCCCCGUCCCCGCGGGCCGCCUCCCUCGGAAACAAGGUCACCGCCCCGCCCGGUGCCCGCGCGGGGAGCGGAGCCCGCCGCUCGCCGCCGCCCUUUGGUUUCCAGUAGUGGUUUAUAGAUGUGCGUAUUUGGUGUUUAGUAAGUCAAAGAACAGGAGCAAGGAAAAGCCCAAGGAAGGAAUCAAGACCGUGAACAAGGAUCAUAUUAAUUUGAAGGUGGUGGGACAGGAUGGUUCUGUGGUACAGUUUAAGAUUAAGAGGCACACACCACUUAGUAAACCAAUGAAAGUCUAUUGUGAACGACAGGGUUUGUCAGUGAGGCAGAUCAGAUUCCGAUUUGAUGGGCAGCCAAUCAAUGAAGCAGACACACCUGCACAGGUGGAAAUGGAGGAUGGAGAUACAAUUGAUGUGUUCCAGCAGCAGACAGGAGGUGUCUACUAAAAAAGGGAAGCUGCUACUUUGCUCCAGAACUUUGUUCUUAUAGACCAAGAAUACAUUCUUAAUUAGAAAACUGCAAUUUGGUUCCACCACAUCCUGACUACUACAGUAUAGUUUUCUCUAUUCUUUCAUUUUCCCUUCCCUAUUCCUUUAUUGUACAUAAAGUAACUGGUGUAUGUGCACAAGCAUAUUGCUUGUCUUUUUUUUUCUUUUAAACUAAAUGGCCAAUGGUAUAUUUUGAUUGGCAUCAAAUGGAGAUGGGAUGGGGAAAAUACUGGUUCUGUGAAGA